AUAUAACGGGGAUUGAAAACAGUUGAUUUAUUUUCUGUUUACGUGAAGAGAGUUUAUUAUUGUGUAAUAAUAACUUAUUAUUAUGUUAUUGUAUAAUUAAAAAUAAGAUUAUCUUACUUCAGAAAAACAUGCCAUUUUUAUAUCUGACAUUAUUAAAUAGAUAUUAAAUUAAAGUAAAAAUCCUUGUUAUGCCAAAAAAGAAGUUUACAUAUACAUGCAUGUUAUAAUAUUUAACUGAUGAUUUUUUGGAGAAUCAUGUCAUCCCUUGCGUUCAAUAAAUUAAAAAAAAGAACGACAUCGAAUGGGAUUGAAAAAUCAAAAACAAAUGUCAAUAGAUUCAAUGGGCUUACCGUGGAAGAAGUUCAAAAAUAUACUCUACCCGAUUACCUCAAAGAAAAUCUUGACAUGGUUUUCGUUGGUAUAAAUCCAAGUUUGAUGUCAGCACACCGUGGUAAAUAUUAUGCAGGUCCUGGUAAUCAUUUUUAUAAACUUCUAUACGAAUCAGGUUUAACGCCAAAAUGCAUGGGUUUCGAUGAAGAUCAUAAGUUAUUACAAUACGGAAUAGGAUUAACAAAUAUAGUUACUAGACCGACUAGAUCUUCUGCGGAUUUAAAGAGAACAGAAAUCAAAGAAGGUGCUAAGAUUGUCGAAGAGAAAAUAAAGUUAUUUAAACCAAAGAUUGCUAUUUUUAAUGGAAAAUGUAUUUAUGAAGUUUAUGCCAAUAAAACUAGUAAAUCGUCUUUUCAUUUCGGAUUACAACCAGAACUCAUAGAAAAUACCGCUGUUUGGGUUGUACCUUCCAGCAGUGCUCGUUGUGCUAAUUUUCCUCGAAUGACAGACAAAUUACAUUUUUACACAGCGUUAAAGAAAUAUCUACAAUUUUUAAGAGGCGAAAUUAAGGAGGUCGAUUUAAACGAAUUUUUCUUCGAAGGAAAAUGCAAACAAUCUAUACCGAGCACCUCUAAAAUGUGGAGACGUAAAAAUAUAUCAGCUUUUAUACACGGCGGCAGAAUAGCUAAUAAAGAUACGAUUUUUUUGGAUACCUCAGAUGAAAAUAUUGCGAUUGUAUGCAGUACUGAAUUUAUUGUUAAAAAAUUCGAGCAGGAACAGGAUAACGAUGAGAAGAAUGAAAAAAAGGAGCUAUCAGAAACAUAUGUCUGCUCUUUGGAAGAAAAUCCUAAAUCGGCACCUAUAAAUAACAAAUUGUUAAAUGGAAAUGUUGAAGAUAGGUUGCAAGAUAGUACUGAGUCUAAAUCUGUAAAUGUAAAAAGUAAUAUUAAAUAUAACAAAAAGCAUAGGAGAAAUAAAAGACUUUUCCCUAAAAAUGUAGAAAGAACGUCCAAAAUAAAUGAAUCUGUAGAUUUUGUAAAAUUAAUAAAACAAAGACUUAAAGAAAAGACUACUGAUGUCGAAACUACGGAAAAAGAAUAAAAAUUCUCAAUAAUAAAAACUACUUACUA